AUGAGUUUUCAAUGGACAUUUCUGGCGACAUUUCUCUAUUGUGAAAUAGUUGUUGUUAUUACUCUUCUUUUGCCAUUCAUUUCACCCACGAUUUGGCGAACACUUUUCAAGUCAAGACUUGUAGCAGCAUUCUCAGCUGGAUCAAAGUAUUAUUUUAAUUUUAUAAUAUUUAUAUUCGGCUUAUUAUUUAUCGAUUCAAUUCGUGAAUUAAGAAAAUAUUCUAAUAUUGAUGCAAAAGAACUAACAACGCCACAUAGUGAAGCACAUGCACAUAUGAAAGAGUUUCGUUCACAAAGAAAUUUCUACAUUGCUGGCUUCGCUCUUUUUCUUUGGUUUGUAAUUAAACGUUUAAUUAGUCUUCUAUCGGCUGUUGCACGUAAAAUGGCUGAGUCAACUGCAGCACGUAAGCAAGCUGAAGGUGCUCAUCGUCAUUUACAAGAAGCCAUGCAGAAUAAUGAUUCAGAUAAGCUUAGCCAACAAGAAAAAUCAACUUCAUCAGGUCAAGGAUCAAAUUUUAUUGAUCCAAAAGAAUAUGAUGCUGAAAUUGAAAGAUAUAAGAAAGAAGCCAUUCAAGCGCGUGAAGAUAUAGAAGCAUUGCGUGAAAAAUAUGACACUUCAGUACAAGAAUAUGAUAAACUUUGUAAUGAACAUCAAAAAUUACAAAAUAAAUUGGAUGUUUUAGCAAAAAAUGAAUCAGCAAAAGAUAAAUAA